AUGGCUGACAGCUCCUCUCUGCCGUCCUCCUCUACCGCGGCCCUGGCCCCUGAGCCGGGGGUCACCGAGCAGCUGGGGCCCCGGAGCCCCCCUCCCUCCCCGCCAGGCCUGGAGGAGCCCCCUGAUGGAGCCGACCCUGACGUCCCUCACCCGGACCUGGCUCCCGUUGCCUUCUUCUGCCUGCGACAGACCACCAGCCCCCGGAACUGGUGCAUCAAGAUGGUGUGUAACCCAUGGUUCGAAUGUGUCAGCAUGCUGGUGAUCCUGCUGAACUGCGUGACACUUGGCAUGUACCAGCCGUGCGACGACAUGGACUGCCUGUCCGACCGCUGCAAGAUCCUGCAGGUCUUUGAUGACUUCAUCUUUGUCUUCUUUGCCAUGGAGAUGGUGCUCAAGAUGGUAGCCUUGGGCAUUUUUGGCAAGAAGUGCUACCUUGGGGACACAUGGAACCGACUGGACUUCUUCAUUGUCAUGGCUGGGAUGGUGGAGUACUCGCUGGACCUUCAGAACAUCAACCUGUCGGCCAUCCGCACUGUGCGUGUCCUGAGGCCCCUCAAAGCCAUCAACCGUGUGCCCAGUAUGCGGAUCCUGGUGAACCUGCUCCUGGACACACUGCCCAUGCUGGGGAACGUCCUCCUGCUCUGCUUCUUUGUCUUCUUCAUCUUCGGCAUCAUCGGUGUGCAGCUGUGGGCGGGCUUGCUGCGCAACCGCUGCUUCCUGGAGGAGAACUUCACCAUACAAGGGGAUGUGGCCCUGCCCCCCUACUACCAGCCGGAGGAAGAUGACGAGAUGCCCUUCAUCUGCUCCCUUUCGGGGGACAAUGGCAUCAUGGGCUGCCACGAGAUCCCUCCGCUCAAGGAGCAGGGCCGGGAGUGCUGCCUGUCCAAGGACGACGUCUAUGACUUCGGGGCAGGGCGCCAGGACCUCAACGCCAGUGGGCUCUGUGUCAACUGGAACCGCUACUACAACGUGUGCCGCACAGGCAGCGCCAACCCCCACAAGGGCGCCAUCAACUUCGACAACAUUGGCUAUGCCUGGAUCGUUAUCUUCCAGGUGAUCACUCUGGAAGGCUGGGUGGAGAUCAUGUACUACGUGAUGGAUGCUCACUCCUUCUACAACUUCAUCUAUUUUAUCCUGCUUAUCAUAGUGGGCUCCUUCUUCAUGAUCAACCUGUGCCUCGUUGUCAUAGCGACCCAGUUCUCGGAGACCAAGCAGCGGGAGCACCGGCUGAUGCUGGAGCAGCGGCAGCGCUACCUGUCCUCCAGCACGGUGGCCAGCUACGCCGAGCCCGGCGACUGCUAUGAGGAGAUCUUCCAGUACGUCUGCCACAUCCUGCGCAAGGCCAAGCGCCGUGCCCUGGGCCUCUACCAGGCCCUGCAGAGCCGGCGCCAGGCCCUGGGCCCGGGGGUGCCCACCUCCGCCAAGCCCGAGCCCCACGCCAAGGAGCCCAGGCACUUCAAGCUGUGCCCGAGACACAGCCCGCUGGACCCGACGCCCCACACGCUGGUGCAGCCUGUCUCUGCCAUGCUGGCCUCCGACCCCACCAGCUGCCCCCGCUGCCAGCACGAGCUGGGCCGGCGGCCCUCGGGCCUGGGCAGCACCGACUCGGGCCAGGAGGGCGCAGACUCGCGAGGCUCUGGUGGCGGAGAGGACGAGGCCGAUGGGGACGGGGCCCGGAGCAGCGAGGAGGGGGCCUCCUCGGAGCUGGGGAAGGAGGACGAGGAGGACCGGGCGGAUGGAGCGGCCCGGCUGUGCGGGGACGUGUGGCGGGAGACGCGAGCCAAGCUGCGAGGCAUCGUGGACAGCAAGUACUUCAACCGGGGCAUCAUGAUGGCUAUCCUGGUCAACACCGUCAGCAUGGGCAUCGAGCACCACGAGCAGCCCGAGGAGCUGACCAACGUCCUGGAGAUCUGCAACGUGGUCUUCACCAGCAUGUUUGCCCUGGAGAUGCUCCUGAAGCUGGCCGCCUUCGGGCUCUUCGACUACCUGCGCAACCCCUACAACAUCUUCGACAGCAUCAUCGUCAUCAUCAGCAUCUGGGAGAUCGUGGGGCAGGCGGAUGGUGGGCUGUCGGUGCUGCGCACCUUCCGGCUGCUGCGGGUGCUGAAGCUGGUGCGCUUCAUGCCUGCGCUGCGGCGCCAGCUCGUGGUGCUCAUGAAGACCAUGGACAACGUGGCCACCUUCUGCAUGCUGCUCAUGCUCUUCAUCUUCAUCUUCAGCAUUCUUGGGAUGCACAUCUUUGGCUGCAAAUUCAGCCUCCGAACGGACACGGGAGACACAGUCCCAGACAGGAAGAACUUCGAUUCCCUGCUGUGGGCCAUUGUCACGGUGUUCCAGAUUCUCACCCAGGAGGACUGGAACGUCGUCCUCUACAAUGGCAUGGCCUCUACCUCGCCCUGGGCCUCCCUCUACUUCGUUGCCCUCAUGACCUUCGGCAACUACGUGCUCUUCAACUUGCUGGUGGCCAUCCUGGUGGAAGGCUUCCAGGCGGAGGGCGACGCCAAUCGCUCCUACUCAGACGAGGACCAGAGUUUAUCCAACAUGGAGGAGUUUGACAAGCUCCCGGAGGGCCUGGACAGCGGCGGAGAUCCCAAGCUCUGCCCAAUUCCUCUGACCCCCAAUGGGCACCUGGACCCCAGCCUCCCUCUGGGUGGACCUCUGGGCCCCGCUGGGGCUGCAGCGCCUGCCCGCCUGUCGCUGCAGCCGGACCCUAUGCUGGUGGCCCUGGGCUCCCGCAAGAGCAGCGUCAUGUCAUUGGGGCGGGCGAGCUACGACCAGCGUUCCCUGUCCAGCUCCCGGAGCUCCUACUACGGGCCUUGGGGCCGCAGCGGGGCCUGGGCCAGCCGCCGCUCCAGCUGGAACAGCCUCAAGCACAAGCCGCCAUCAGCGGAGCACGAGUCCCUGCUCUCCGCUGAGCGCGGUGGCGCCCCCCGGGCCCGCGAGGGCACCUGUGAGGAGGGUCCACCGCGGGCCGCGCCCCUGCACGCCCCACACGCCCACCACGUGCAUCAUGGUCCCCACCCGAUGCACCGCCACCGCCACCACCGCCGGACGUUGUCCCUCGACACCAGAGACUCGGUGGACCUGGCCGAGCUGGGGCCCGCUGUGGGCCCCCACCCCCGGGCAGCCUGGAGGGCGGCAGGCCUGGCCCCCGGGCACGAGGACUGCAAUGGCAGGAUGCCCAGCCUCGCCAAGGAGGUCUUCACCAAGAUGAACGACCGCCGGGACCGCGCGCAGGAUGAGGAGGAGGUCGACUACACUCUGUGCUUCCGUGUGCGCAAGAUGAUUGACGUCUACAAGCCUGACUGGUGCGAGGUCCGCGAGGACUGGUCUGUCUACCUCUUCUCCCCUGAGAACAGGUUCCGCAUCCUGUGCCAGACCAUCAUUGCCCACAAGCUCUUUGACUAUGUUGUCCUGGCCUUCAUUUUCCUCAACUGCAUCACCAUCGCCCUGGAGCGGCCCCAGAUUGAGGCUGGCAGCACUGAACGCAUAUUCCUCACCGUGUCCAACUACAUCUUCACAGCCAUCUUCGUGGGCGAGAUGACACUAAAGGUGGUCUCGCUGGGUCUGUACUUCGGGGAGCAGGCGUACCUGCGCAGCAGCUGGAACGUGCUGGAUGGUUUUCUAGUCUUCGUGUCAAUCAUUGACAUCGUGGUGUCCUUGGCCUCGGCCGGUGGAGCCAAGAUCUUGGGGGUCCUCCGGGUCCUGCGGCUCUUGCGCACCCUGCGGCCCCUGCGGGUCAUCAGCCGGGCGCCUGGCCUGAAGCUGGUGGUGGAGACACUCAUCUCCUCCCUGAAGCCCAUUGGCAACAUUGUCCUCAUCUGCUGUGCCUUCUUCAUCAUCUUCGGCAUCUUGGGGGUGCAGCUCUUCAAGGGCAAGUUCUACCACUGCCUAGGCGUGGACACCCGCAACAUCACCAACCGUUCCGACUGCAUGGCUGCCAACUACCGCUGGGUCCAUCACAAGUACAACUUCGACAACCUGGGCCAGGCCCUGAUGUCACUCUUUGUCCUGGCCUCCAAGGAUGGCUGGGUGAACAUCAUGUACAACGGGCUGGAUGCCGUCGCUGUGGACCAGCAGCCCGUGCCCAACCACAACCCCUGGAUGCUGCUCUACUUCAUCUCCUUCCUGCUCAUCGUCAGCUUCUUCGUGCUCAACAUGUUUGUGGGCGUCGUGGUGGAGAACUUCCACAAGUGCCGGCAGCACCAGGAGGCCGAGGAGGCGCGGCGGCGCGAGGAGAAGCGGCUGCGGCGCUUGGAAAAGAAGCGCCGGAAGGCCCAGCGGCUGCCUUACUAUGCCACCUACUGUCCCACCCGGCUGCUCAUCCAUUCCAUGUGCACGAGCCACUACCUGGACAUCUUCAUCACCUUCAUCAUCUGCCUCAAUGUGGUCACCAUGUCCCUGGAGCACUACAACCAGCCAACGUCCCUGGAGACCGCCCUCAAGUACUGCAACUACAUGUUCACCACUGUCUUUGUGCUGGAGGCUGUGCUGAAGCUGGUGGCGUUUGGUCUGAGGCGCUUCUUCAAGGACCGGUGGAACCAGCUGGACCUGGCCAUCGUGCUGCUGUCUGUCAUGGGUAUCACGCUGGAGGAGAUCGAGAUCAACGCGGCCCUGCCCAUCAACCCCACCAUCAUCCGCAUCAUGCGGGUGCUGCGCAUCGCCCGGGUGCUGAAGCUGCUGAAGAUGGCCACGGGCAUGCGGGCCCUGCUGGACACCGUGGUGCAAGCUCUGCCCCAGGUGGGCAACCUGGGCCUCCUCUUCAUGCUGCUCUUCUUCAUCUACGCCGCCCUGGGAGUGGAGCUCUUCGGGAAGCUGGUCUGCAAUGACGAGAACCCGUGUGAGGGCAUGAGCCGGCACGCCACCUUCGAGAACUUCGGCAUGGCCUUCCUCACGCUCUUCCAGGUCUCCACCGGUGACAACUGGAACGGGAUCAUGAAGGACACGCUGCGGGACUGCACCCACGACGAGCGCAGCUGCCUGAGCAGCCUGCAGUUCGUGUCGCCGCUCUACUUCGUCAGCUUUGUGCUCACGGCCCAGUUCGUGCUCAUCAACGUGGUGGUGGCUGUGCUCAUGAAGCACCUGGACGACAGCAACAAAGAGGCCCAGGAGGACGCCGAGAUGGAUGCAGAGCUCGAGCUGGAGAUGGCCCAGGGCCUGGGUCCCAGCCCGCGGCCGCCCGCCGGCUCCCCGGGUGCACCCGGCCGGCCGCCCGCGGGGCCAGGCGGCGGGGGCGACCCGGAAGGCCGCCUGUGCCGGCACGGCUACUCUCCAGCCCAGGAGAAUCUGUGGCUGGACAGCGUCUCUUUAAUCAUCAAGGACUCCUUGGAGGGCGAGCUGACCAUCAUUGACAACCUGUCUGGCUCCAUCUUCCACCACUACGCCUCGCCGGCCGGCUGCAGGAGGUGCCAUCAUGACAGGCAGGAGGUGCAGCUGGCCGAGACGGAAGCCUUCUCCCUGAACUCAGACAGGUCCUCAUCCAUCCUGCUGGGCGAUGACCUGAGUCUCGACGACCCCACAGCCUGCCCCCUUCGCCCUAAAGACAGCAAGGAGGAGCCAGACACACCCGAGCCUGGGUGUGCGGGGGACCCAGGUGAAUGCUUCUUCCCCUUGUCCAACGCGGUCGUCCCCUCCGGUCCAGAGAACUUCCUGUGCGAGAUGGAGUCCAUCUCGUUCAACCCCGUCCGGUCCUGGCUGAAACACGAGGGCACCCAAGGUGAGCCUCCCUCUCCCUGCUCCCCAGCAGCGCCUUCGAGCCCGCUCCUGCCCAUGCCCGCGGAGUUCUUCCACCCCGCUGUGUCUGCCAGCCAGAAAGGGCAGGAGAAGGGCGCUGGUGCCGGGACCCUCCCCAAGAUCGCUCUGCAGGGCUCCUGGGCAUCCCUGCGGUCACCAAGCGUCAACUGCACCCUCCUCCGGCAGGCCACAGGGAGCGACACGUCGCUGGAGGCCAGCCGCAGCAGCUCCGCGGGCAGCCUGCAGACCACGCUGGAGGACAGCCUGACGCUGAGCGACAGUCCCCGCUGCGCCCUGGGGCCGCCCAUGCCCACCCCCGGCCCCCGGGCGGGCCUGUCUCCCGCCGCCCGCCGCCGCCUCAGCCUUCGGGGCCGGGGCCUGUUCAGCCGGCGCGGGCUGGGCGCGCAUCAGCGUAGCCACAGCAGCGGGGGCUCCACCAGCCCGGGAUGCACCCACCACGACUCCAUGGACCCCUCGGACGAGGAAGGCGCAGGCCGGGGCGGCGGGGGCGGCGGGGGCGGGGGCAGCGAGCACUCGGAGACGCUCAGCAGCCUCUCGCUCACCUCCCUCUUCUGCGCGCCGCCUGCGCCGCCGGGGCUCCCGCCCGCCAGGAGGUUCAGCAGCACCAGCAGCCUGGCCACCGGCCCCGGUCGCCCCCGCGCCACCGUCGGGCCCCACGGCCUGGCCCGGAGCCCCUCCUGGGCUGCCGACCGCAGCAAGGACCCCCCGGGCCCAGUUGAGCCCCCGGGAGAGCUGCAGCCCGCAGACGCUGCGAGCAAGAGGAAGAGAUGA